CUCCGGGCGGCCAGCCCAGCGCCACCUCCCACCCGCCUGUCACCUUGUGCGCGUCCCUUCCCCGCCUGGGCCUCCGUUUUCAGUCAAACGCGGGCUAACAGUAGCCCGGCCUCGUGGACGGACUGAGGGACUGAACGGGUUAACGAUACAAGUAGAAUAGAACCGUGUCCGGCCUGGUGCGAGGGCCCUGAUGUUCGGUGUAGUUGUUGGGCGUGGUGAUUGAAGAGGUCCGGUCCCCCCCUUUUGGCCUCAGUUUCCCUAUUUGUAAAGUGGAGCAGGGCGGAGGGCUGUCUCUGGGUUUCCGGUUAGUGCGCUUAAGCUCUGGAGACCCACGGGCUGCACCCCUGGCUCUUCCACUUCUCGCUGAUGGAUGAGGGCGAGUUUUCUCUCUAGCCCUCCGUUUUCUCUGCUCUGGAGUGGGGGUCAUUACCUAGUUCACCAGGCUGCUGUGCGAAGUCAUUUGUUCAGUAAACACCUGCUAGAAUCAGGCCUGAUGUUGAGGCCAGGAAGGUGACACCAAUGUGAUGCCCUGGACAGAUGUGAAACAGCAUGACUGCCUUGGUAUGGCUGAGAUGUAGGAAGGAAGCAACGCAUGUUGUGAUAGUGAGUCAGUCGGUAUCUGGGCCUCUGCUCUGCCAAGGGCCCUCUUCUGGGCACAGGUAUUCACCUGGCCUCGUGGGCCAACGGUCAACAUGUCUAGAAGUGAAGUGUGUGCGGGGUUGGUUGGGGAUAAGCACUGAGGAGAAUAUGAAGAGGGGGGCAGUUUAAAGAAUGGUCUGGGAAGAUGGAGCCCAUGUUGGCAAAGAGCCGGAGGCGGCAAGGAUGGAGCCCAAAGAUGCUGGGCAGGGGUACUCAGCAAACUGGAAGCUGGAUGGGGAGGCUCCCCUGAGGCUGCAGAGUGGAGGAUGAGACCAGAAGCAGCAGUUUCAGGAAGGAGGUGGGGGGGCCCUUGCAGGAAGAGAGGCACGCAGGUGUUGAUGGGCCGUGUCAGGAGACGUCUAUGAGUGUCACCACCAGGAACUUCUCCUGGCCUCCGUGGGUGAAGGUGGAACCCGCAGCAUGCAGGGCAGCCCCGGCAGAGGGAAUGCACCUUUCACAGAGAUCGGCGGAGCUGGCUUCCGAGGGACUCCUGAGCUUCGCCUCAACAGCAUCAAGAAGCUGUCCACCAUCGCGCUGGCCCUCGGGGUCGAGAGGACCCGCAGCGAGCUCCUGCCCUUCCUCACAGACACCAUCUACGACGAGGAUGAGGUCCUCCUGGCCCUGGCGGAGCAGCUGGGAGCCUUCACCACCCUGGUGGGUGGCCCCGAGUACGUGCACUGCCUGCUGCCGCCCCUGGAGUCGCUGGCCACAGUGGAAGAGACGGUGGUGCGGGACAAGGCGGUGGAGUCCCUGCGGGCCAUCUCGCACGAGCACUCGCCCUCCGACCUCGAGGCCCACUUCGUGCCGCUGGUAAAGCGGCUGGCGGGCGGCGACUGGUUCACCUCCCGCACCUCGGCUUGCGGUCUCUUCUCCGUCUGCUACCCACGCGUGUCCAGUGCCGUCAAGGCAGAGCUGCGACAGUACUUCCGGAACCUGUGCUCAGAUGACACCCCCAUGGUGCGGCGGGCCGCAGCCUCCAAGCUGGGGGAGUUCGCCAAGGUGCUGGAGCUGGACAAUGUCAAGAGUGAGAUCAUCCCCAUGUUCUCCAACCUGGCCUCCGACGAGCAGGACUCGGUGCGGCUGCUGGCAGUGGAGGCAUGCGUGAACAUCGCCCAGCUCCUGCCCCAGGAGGACUUGGAGGCCCUGGUGAUGCCCACCUUGCGCCAGGCUGCUGAGGACAAGUCCUGGCGUGUCCGGUACAUGGUGGCCGACAAGUUCACGGAGCUCCAGAAAGCAGUGGGGCCCGAGAUCACCAAAACAGACCUGGUCCCCGCCUUCCAGAACCUGAUGAAGGACUGUGAGGCCGAGGUGAGGGCCGCAGCCUCCCACAAGGUCAAAGAAUUCUGUGAAAACCUCUCAGCUGACUGUCGGGAGAAUGUGAUCAUGACCCAGAUCUUGCCCUGCAUCAAGGAGCUGGUGUCAGAUGCCAAUCAGCACGUCAAGUCCGCCCUGGCGUCAGUCAUCAUGGGCCUCUCCCCCAUCCUGGGCAAGGACAACACCAUCGAGCACCUGCUGCCCCUCUUCCUGGCUCAGCUGAAGGAUGAGUGCCCAGAGGUGCGGCUGAACAUCAUCUCCAACCUGGACUGCGUGAACGAGGUCAUUGGCAUCCGGCAGCUGUCACAGUCCCUGCUCCCUGCCAUCGUGGAGCUGGCGGAGGACGCCAAGUGGCGGGUGCGACUGGCCAUCAUCGAGUACAUGCCCCUGCUAGCUGGACAGCUGGGGGUGGAGUUCUUUGAUGAGAAACUCAACUCCUUGUGCAUGGCCUGGCUGGUGGAUCACGUCUAUGCCAUCCGCGAGGCGGCCACCAGCAACCUGAAGAAGCUGGUGGAGAAGUUUGGGAAGGAGUGGGCCCACGCCACUAUCAUCCCCAAGGUCUUGGCCAUGUCUGGAGACCCCAACUACCUGCACCGCAUGACCACACUCUUCUGCAUCAACGUGCUGUCGGAGGUCUGCGGGCAGGACAUCACCACCAAGCACAUGCUGCCCACCGUGCUGCGGAUGGCCGGGGACCCUGUGGCCAACGUCCGCUUCAACGUGGCCAAGUCCCUGCAGAAGAUCGGGCCCAUCCUGGACAACAGCACACUGCAGAGUGAGGUCAAACCCAUCCUGGAGAAGCUGACCCAGGACCAGGACGUGGACGUCAAGUACUUUGCCCAGGAGGCUCUGACUGUUCUGUCUCUUGCCUGAUGUUGAAGUGGAGCUGCCACCCGCCAUCCGCGGCGUCCAGCCCCCCUCGGGGAGACGGUGGGGCUUGGCUGUCACUCCCGGUGCAUGGUCUGACCCGGGCCCUCCCCGCACGGUUCCUCCUCUGCAGCCUCACCGCCCACCUCCCUGGGGCGGGGCACUCGGCGCCACAGGGCGGCGACCCUUGGGAGGGCCCUGCCUGCAUCCGGCGGGGGGAGAAGUGUGACCAUCAGGUCACUUGGUCCUGCUGCUGUUGUGGACCCCUCCUCUUGCCUUCUCCGCCUCCCUGUCCCCUCAGUGGGUUUUUUGUGUCAACUGUGUCGUUUUUAUUUUAUUCCUUCCCUCCCCCCUUUUCACAGAGAAAUAAAGGUCUAGAAACAGCUGGUGCUCUGGUCGCAUCACUGGUGCGGAGGAG